CCUGUGCCGGGGGCGGGGUGUCCCCUCUGAGAGCGGCUCGGCUGCACUUGCGGGACCAGUUGUCCUUUCUGCAUAACUUAGUGAUUGCAGUACUUGCCACUUAAAAGCAGUUAAGAGAAGGACAUGGCUGCAAGAGCUUGUGGCUUGAUCAUCUACAGGAGGUUACAGUCACCACCAUCUGCUAAGGUCACUGAUGGUAUUGAAUAUCUCCUCCUUCAGACAUCCUAUGGGACCCAUCACUGGACCCCACCCAAAGGCCACGUGGACCCAGGAGAGGAUGACCUGCAGACAGCCUUCCGGGAAACACAGGAAGAGGCUGGUCUCCAGGCCAGUCAGCUCACCCUCAUAGAGGGGUACAAAAAAGAAUUGCACUAUCCUGUCCGUGGCAAGCCUAAAACUGUCAUUUACUGGCUGGCAGAAAUGAAGGACUGUAACACUGAAAUCAAGCUCUCAGAGGAGCACCAAGCUUUUCAAUGGCUGAAGCUGGAGGAUGCUUGUAAACUCGCAGAGUAUGAGGACAUGCAAGCGACACUGAAAGAAGUGCAUCGGUUUCUCUGCUCCAAACAAUGAACACCUGUGAAGGAGGAAGAACUGCAUGGUUGCAGAAAUGUAGAUUUCCUUCUUAAAUCUGUACGAAUUCUGUGAAAAUACUUGGAGCUUUUAAAGAACUUGUGCUUUUGCCCCUCCCUAGCUAAUGCAAAAAAGCGUGGUUUAGUUGAACCAUGAGCCAAUGAUGUCUGAAUUGAAAUGUACAGCCAGCAAAGUCUUCCUCUAUCCAGUCUCCUUUUUUUCCCUAUCCAGUCUCCUUUUUUUUUCCCCUCUUCCCUCUUCCUCCUUUUCCUCCUUUUCCUCCUUUUCCUCCUUUUCCUCCUUUUCCUCCUUUUCCUCCUUUUCCUCCUUUUCCUCCUUUUCCUCCUUUUCCUCCUUUUCCUCCUUUUCCUCCUUUCCCUCCUUUCCCUCCUUUCCCUCCUUUCCCUCCUUUCCCUCCUUUCCCUCCUUUCCCUCCUUUCCCUCCUUUCCCUCCUUUCCCUCCUUUCCCUCCUUUCCCUCCUUUCCCUCCUUUCCCUCCUUUCCCUCCUUUCCCUCCUUUCCCUCCUUUCCCUCCUUUCCCUCCUUUCCCUCCUUUCCCUCCUUUCCCUCCUUUCCCUCCUUUCCCUCCUUUCCCUCCUUUCCCUCCUUUCCCUCCUUUCCCUCCUUUCCCUCCUUUCCCUCCUUUUCCUCUUUUUCCUCCUUUCUCUCCUUUCUCUCCUUUCUCUCCUUUCCCUCCUUUCUCUCCUUUUCCUCCUUUCUCUCCUUUUCCUCCUUUCUCUCCUUUCUCUCCUUUCCCUCCUUUCUCUCCUUUUCCUCCUUUCUCUCCUUUUCCUCCUUUCUCUCCUUUUCCUCCUUUUCCUCCUUUUUCUCCUUUUUAUCUUUUCUUUUUUCCUUUCCUCUUGAAAUGCUGAACCACCGCAGGUCUUUUGGAAAAAUCAAACAGUUUGAUAUUUCUUGACCUGCUGAUGCAGAAAUAAUUGUAUGGGGAUUUUUGAUAGCAAAAUGUUUACUGCAGAAGUUGGCUCCUUGUUUUCCAAAUGGGGAAGCAGUAGUUCUGUUUCCAGCUCCUCCACUGGUCGUCCGUGAGAGCUUGUCAAGUCAUUUCAGGUUGUGUUUAUAUUACAAUUUUAUGUACAUCACUAAUGUACCAUUAUGGAAACAUUUUCCAUCCAAAGAGUCUUAGUAAACAGUUGAGAUACAGUA